AUGGAGAUUUAUCUGCAAGAAAUUUACCUCGCAUAUAGGAAAAAAAAGAACACACUAGAACAACCCGUAAGCACCAAGGUUUCUAUUUUUGUCCAACUUUUUUUUGCCGAAUUGCUCCUGUUUGCCACUGUUUGCAAAACCAAAAAGCAAAUCCUUAAUCACAAUAGUAUAUAUUACUAUUUGUUAAUAUGUGAAUAUAUAAUUACAGAUGAGCAAAAAACUAUUGUUGAUACCAUUAUGUGUGUAGUUAACACUCAAUCAGCUGUAGUUUACUUUCUCUAUGGAUAUGGUGGAACUGGCAAAACAUUUGUUUGGACAACCUUAUCAUCUAGUAUACGCUCCAAUGGUGGAAUUGUUUGUACAGUUGCUUCAAGUGGAAUUGCUUCAUUACUCUUGCCUGGUGGUCAGACCGCACAUUCCAAAUUUUCUAUACCAGUCCCUGCAACACAAAAUUCAACAUGCAAUAUUCAUCAAGGCAGUGAGUUAGCUGAAUUAUUAAAGGUUACAAAACUAAUAGUCUGUGAUGAAGCUCCAAUGUGUCACAAAUUUGCAUUUGAGGCACUAGAUAAAAGCCUUAAAGACAUCAUGCAAAACAAUCUGCCUGUCGAAGGGAAAAUUAUCGUUUUUGGUGGAGAUUUUCGACAGAUCUUGCCAAUUGUUCCAAAAGGUAAUCGCUCAAACAUCGUCCAUGCAACUAUAAAUGCAUCAUACAUUGAGUAUUGCAGCGCAGAUAGUAUUGAUAAAUCAGAUGAAUUGCUCAAUCUUGCUUUCGCAUUAUUGCCACCUGAAUUUUUGUAUUCAUUGCAAACAUCAGGUAUACCUAAUCAUAAAUUAAAACUUAAGGUCAGAACUCCAAUCAUGCUAAUACGAAAUCUCGACCAGACUGAUGGCCUGUGCAAUGGAACUAGGCUCAUUAUCACCAAACUCGGAUCUAAUGUGAUUGAGGCUGAAGUAAUUACUGGGCCUAAUACAGGAAAUAUGACAUACAUACCCAGAAUAAAUAUGUCUCCUUCUGAAUCUCCAUGGCCAUUCAAACUUAUCAGGAGGCAGUUUCCAUUCAUAGUUUCUUAUGCUAUGACUAUAAACAAAUCUCAGGGACAAUCAUUACACCACAUAGGACUGUAUUUGCCACACCCAGUUUUUAGUCAUGGCCAACUAUAUGUUGCACUCUCAAGGGUUAAAAGCAAAGAUGAACUUCAUAUUCUCAUACAUGAAAAUGACGGUAAUCCAAAAAAUAUUAUCACUAAUGGUUUUUACGACGAAGUCUUUGCCAAUUUAUAA